UUUACGCAUGCGCAAUGCGCCAUUGACGAUAGCUGAGGAGGGAAGUGGGUCGAGACUUGACACGAAAUCUGAGAUUUCACGGACUUAUUCCACGCUCCGAUUUUGAGGAUGCAAGGCUACAUCUUGCGGACAGGAGUCAUUCAGAUACAGUUUUUGUAAAUAGCUCGUGAAAAAUAUGUGGAUAAUCCAGGAGGCAUAAAUCUGCACCGCUCCACCGCUGGCCCCGACGGAACGAUCUUCUUGUAUUUCCUCCUGAUGAUGUUUGGUUUGUGAUCACACACCUGCACAAGUACAGCUGAACUGCUUUUCAUCAGCACUGUGAAGAGCCUCUUCCUGAUGAUGUGAAUCUGUGUCUGCAACAUACACACAUUCUCAGAAAGUGUGGUCAGAAACAUACAGCAAGAUGUCCAUCACCAACACACCCACAAGCAAUGAUGCCUGCCUGAGCAUUGUGCACAGUCUGAUGUGUCACAGACAGGGCGGUGAGAGCGAGACUUUUGCCAAGCGGGCCAUCGAGAGCCUGGUGAAGAAGCUGAAGGAGAAAAAAGAUGAGCUUGACUCCCUCAUCACAGCUAUCACCACCAAUGGGGCCCACCCCAGCAAGUGUGUGACCAUUCAGAGGACACUUGAUGGACGGCUGCAGGUGGCAGGACGUAAAGGCUUCCCUCAUGUAAUCUAUGCCCGGCUGUGGCGCUGGCCUGACCUGCAUAAGAAUGAACUGAAGCACGUCAAAUACUGCCAGUUUGCCUUUGACCUGAAGUGUGACAGUGUGUGUGUCAACCCCUAUCACUAUGAGAGAGUGGUGUCUCCUGGCAUAGACUUAUCAGGACUGACUCUGACCCCUUCUGGACCCACCUCAGCAUUGAUGGUAAAGGAUGAGUAUGAUUUUGAUGGGCAGCACAGUCUACCCUCCAUUGAGGGAGGGCACUCCAUCCAGACCAUCCAGCACCCUCCAUCCAGCAGCUGCCCGGCCCCCUCUGAACCAUUUGUGGCCCCAAACCUGCUCCCACCUGCUGAGGCCUCCACCUCUGCCUCAACAUCAUCUUUCCCAGCCAUUGCUGCUGGAUCAGCCAGUGCCAGCUCUACCUGGUCUAGGAACAGCACCUUCACCCCUAACAUACCCCACCACACCAAUGGUCACCUACAGCACCACCCUCCUAUGCCCCAUCCAACACACUACUGGCCAGUGCAUAAUGAGCUUGCCUUUCAGCCCCCUAUAUCCAACCAUCCAGCCCCUGACUACUGGUGUUCUAUUGCCUAUUUUGAGAUGGAUGUUCAAGUUGGGGAAACGUUUAAAGUGCCCUCGUCUUGUCCCAUUGUGACCGUGGACGGCUAUGUCGAUCCCUCAGGAGGAGACAGGUUCUGUCUGGGCCAGCUCAGCAAUGUGCAUCGCACUGAGGCUAUCGAAAGAGCAAGGCUUCACAUUGGUAAAGGGGUCCAGCUGGAGUGUAAAGGUGAGGGAGAUGUGUGGGUGCGAUGCCUCAGUGACCAUGCCGUGUUUGUCCAAAGUUACUACCUGGACAGAGAGGCAGGGCGUGCCCCUGGAGACGCCGUUCACAAAAUCUACCCCAGUGCUUACAUUAAGGUGUUUGACCUUCGUCAGUGCCACAGACAGAUGCAACAGCAGGCUGCGACGGCUCAGGCAGCUGCAGCAGCCCAAGCAGCAGCUGUGGCUGGGAAUAUACCUGGACCUGGAUCAGUAGGAGGGAUAGCUCCAGCCAUUAGUCUGUCUGCAGCGGCCGGUAUCGGGGUAGAUGACCUCCGGAGGCUGUGUAUUCUCAGGAUGAGCUUUGUUAAAGGCUGGGGGCCCGACUACCCCCGCCAAAGCAUCAAGGAGACGCCCUGCUGGAUCGAGAUCCACCUGCACAGAGCUCUUCAGUUACUGGAUGAGGUUCUACACACUAUGCCUAUAGCAGACCCGCAGCCUCUGGACUGAGGUCUUUAUAGCUGCAACACCCAGUGGCAGUGGACAGUCUUCUUCAAUGAACUGUUUUGGGUGGAGAAGUCUGUGAACCAGCUGUGAAGCUGUCCCACAUGAAAAAUAUCCUUUCAGGUGUGUGUUGAGGCACCUCUGUGCACUGUGGCUCCUACUUUGUGACAAUAAAAUGAGUCAAAGCCAUAUAUUAAAGAUAUGUUUAUCUAUAUUUUUGAUAGAUGGCUUUGAUUUAUUAUGACUGGAAUUGUAGAACUAGAACAAAAUGUUGCAGAUCACUACAAUUAUACAUCACCAAACAUGCACGUCGAUGACCAGCAGAUCCUAUGAAACUGGAAUGUACACUGACUCUCAGCAUCCCUGGAGCCCACCAACUGCUGACAGAGUCAUUGAACGAUACAAUAACAUCUGAGUGCUGUACACAGAGGCUGUAGUACUCGGCGCCUGUUUUCUGUCUUGUCACUUAUAUUCGAGCAGCAGACCACUCUACACUUUGGAUGACAAGUGCAGUGAACUGUCAGGCUGGACAAAAAACUGCCUGGAUCACUGCUCAGCAUCAUGCCGAUCGCUGCCUCUCAGCCGCUACACGGCCGGGGACCAACCAGCCGGAUCAGGUCCCACUAGGCAUUCACAGCCAUCCACCAGUAACACAAAGAAAGAACCAUGCCUAAAGUCUUGUCUCAGCCUCUGAACUGAAACAAAUCAGGUCUAUGGACCUUUCUGGGUUAAGUAUUGUCAAAUUACGGGUAUGGACGUUUAAAAGAUAGUUCAAUGCCUGGUGGGUGUCCUCUGACAAAUCCUUUUCCUCGUUCUCUGUUAAACAAGAUGUGGAGCAAUGAGCAAAAUGCCCGAUUGAGGCUUUGGACCAAACUAAUAACCUCACUUCUACACUAAGGCAGGUUUUUAGUGGUGUCAUUACAUCUUGACAUACAAAGUUAAAUUACCCAUUGGUGAUACAGUAUAGUUAUGAUUUGCUGUGAUUCUCUCAUUUCUCACACAAAAAACCACGGGUGAGGACAAGAUGCGCAUUCAGCUGCUCCUACAUCAUUGGUCACUUUGCACGUGUUUCACAUAGGGUUACAGUUUUGGAAAAUGCCCUCUUUUAUGCUGCCAUAAAGAAUGAAUCUCAUAUGCCUGCAGUGACCUCCUUCAAUUUUCCCACUUUCAUGCUGAGAGCAGAAAAGUGAACAGCUGGUUCAGUAAGAAAGCACAGAAGAGGCUAACAGUUGAUCUUUAGAUGUAUAAGAUUUACAUAAUCCCAGUCCUGGAUCUGUUAUUUAAACAACAGAUCCAUGAUCCUAGUACAUGGAACAUGGUUUAUCAGUGUUUUAGCGAACCAAAAAA